AUGGAAGACAUUCGACUAUCUAUAGACGCGUACACCCUAGACCGUGCCGCUGGAAAGCAGCGUGUACGCAGUAUAGAGCAGGAUGGGACGCUUGUCUAUGCCACUCCGAAACCGGCAGGAGCUGAAUUCGCCGACGAGGUAGAACGACUAUGGACCGAGUACCCAGAUGGUUUGCUCGAUAUCACAGAGGGCCAGCUGGAGGCACUGCCAGCGGAAGACGAGGCUGUGAAGAAGCCUAGGGAUGAGGUGGUGGAUAAGGAAGAGGAGGAGCGAGACCCAGGGCGACUGAUGACUGCUGAGGAAAUGGAGGCAUUGCGGUCCGAGGUGUUCCUUCAGCUCAAUGACGCUCGCAAUGAGCUCUGGUAUGUACUCGAGCUCGCCAAAACCCUGGCCCUGUCUACCGACUACACCGCCAAUCCACCUCCCUAUCCCGGUCAGCCCGCCCACCGGCAGGCGAACCGAAAACCAGUCAUUGAUGGUCCUUCAAUAUCGCUACAGCCAGGCGUAGAGCCUCCUAUACUCCCUCCAGGGACGUUCAGCGCUACUGCUGCCAAUACGCCCGCUCAGCCUGCACUCAAUGUUCAUGAUCUCCAGCUGGCGCUGGCGGCUAAGCAGGAGGCGCUGGAGGAAUGCUCGGCUUUGAUUGACGGUGCAGUGGAAGAGCUGCAGGCGAUGUCGGAAGCUGGGGACAGGUUUUGGCAGAGUGUCAGGGAGCUUCGGGAUGGGAAGGGCGGAAGAGGGCAAUGGGCUGUUGUCCCCAGGCCGGACUUUGGCCGGGUCAUGACCGAGGGAGAGCGGGCGAAGGAUGUCAUCAUCCCCUACGCGCUUGACGAAGCUCCGCCUGGACUUCGCGCGCGAUCUCUAGCGGCGUUCGACCUCGACCCAGCCAAACUCGAUGCCCUUACUUUCGGGGCCAGAACGCAUCAACGCCUCCGAGUGACACUCCAUGAUCAUACUGGGCUGCGCUCAUCUAUGCUGGCAUCUGAGCCUGGUGAUGGCGAUAUCGGAGCGUUGAUGGAAGCUGUGCAAGCAGAAGCCGUCGAUGAGGAUCUGUUCAACGAGCUGCGCGGAGAAGCGAUAAGGUCAGACUUUACGGUCGAGCCUCGUCGAAUAGUCGUGACAGUUGGAGAUGUCGAAGCUGUUUUCGAGAUGUAUGAUACCCGCCAUCCCCCAACAAAUGUUCAGACGUCUCCACAGGCAGAUCUCAUACUCCAGCUCGCUCACCUUUCCCUCCUCCGCCUACACCGUCAUCGAAAAGCCCAACUCAUCGCUCAAGCCUCCAAACUCGCACCAAAUCUCGUCGUCGGUCCGCCAAUCCUAGCACCCAUCCUGCAGGGCUUGCGAUAUCACCAAAUGGUACAAAGCGUGAGGGGUACUCUGGCGAUGUUUGCGAAGGUCUUGGAGGAUAGUGGGGCCAACGCAGAGGUGGAAACACAGUGGUCGGCCGCAGGGACGGAGGAUGGAGGGAUAUGGACCGGUGGCGAAAGCAAGGGGGAUCUCCUGGAACAUCUCGAAGGACGGAUGCAGCUGAAGGUGGAGGAGAUGCCGGGCCUUACUCUGGUCCUAUAUCCCACUCGGCUAUUCCAAUUGAAGACCUCAAAAUCCACCUUUCCUCUCUCUGACCCAUCCGGCCUCCCUGGUUUAAUAGCGGCCGACCUCGAGCUGCAGCUUUUGCAGUAUGCCGAGCGGUUCCUACUUUCAUAUCGCGGUACAAGCGAGUCGGAGCAAAAAGGCCUGGUCUUCUUCGAUGAGCUCGAUGAAGUCAUCGCUCUGCCCGACGCGACUUUGAGCUUCGCCAUACCUGCUCCGUAUUCGACACUUCGAGCCACUUUAGAGCCAUACGACACCGCCCUUCCGGUACACAGCUUCGACGGGAAGGAGAUGAGCCUGGAGACCUGGCUGGCAGACAUAGCAGGGAGGAUGUGA